AUGCGUUUCCGGAGGGAGAAGGCGGCGGCGGCCUCGGGAGCGGGAUCAGACGCGCAGAGGAGGCGGGGCCGCGGCUGGUUUCCUGCCGGGGGGCGGCUCUGGGCCGCCCAGUCCCCUCCUCCCGCCCUUGAGGAGGAGGAGUCGCAGCCACCCGCCGCGCCCGAGACCCAGGAGGCCCCGCCAGCCCGCAGGAGAGGCCGAGCGGGAGUCGCGGAACAGCAGGCCGGAGCCCACCGCGCCGGGGCCUGGACGCCGCGCGGAGAAGGUAGGGGCCGGCGGGCCUCGGGUGUGGGGGCGCGGGCCGCGGCCUCGGGUCUCUCGUGCGCGACCGCACUUAGAGCCGCCGGCCCUGGCCGCGCCGGGACCUUUGUGCCAGGCGUGGGGGCGGGGGCGGCCGCCGGCGGGUGGGGGCUGGGGCGGGAUUCCAGGCUAGUCCGGGAGGAAGUCCGCACACCGCCACCCUCCUCCGGUCCCCGGCGCUGGCAGCCUCCGGGCGCCGAGUCGGCCCAGCCGCGUUCCGAGCGCGAGGGUUGCGGGCCUGGGCGCUGUCACGUCGGGGCUGUUGGAGUGCGGAGGAUCGGGCCUGAGCGGCCCCUGACACCUGCGGUCUCCCGCCAGGCUGGGCGAGCGCAGCCCUUCUUUUAUAGUAAAAAGAUUUCUGGGAAGGUAAUUGGUAACAUCCUUAGUAAGGUUUCUUUGGGCCAACAUGCCACAUGGAUAACAGGUGGGUAGAAUUACUAGGUUAUUUUGUUUUGUUUUGAGACAGGGUCUCUGUCGCCCAGGCUGGAGUGCAGAGGAGCCAUCACAGCUCACUGCAGCCUCAACCUCCCGUGCUUAAGUU